GUUCACGUCAAAAUUGUAAAAAUAAUGCUUUCAUUCGUUUCACAUGGAAUUUAGUUUAUAAAUAAAGAUAGAAAAUAGGCUUUGUCCUAAUUAAACAACUAUAACUUCCUGUGCUAAUACUACCCAUGUAUUAGAACCUUCUAUAAAGUGCUAAUUUCAGUGCAGAACGAGGCAUAAAAAUCUAAGUUCAUAAUGUCGAUGCCACAUAGCAGCUCAAGCACGACAAGUUCCAGUACAAAACGCAAGGAGAUAUACAAAUACCAGGCACCAUGGCCGCUGUACUCAAUGAACUGGUCUGUACGACCUGACAAACGGUUCCGUCUCGCACUUGGUAGCUUUGUUGAAGAAUAUAAUAACAAGGUACAAAUAAUAUCUCUAGAUGAGGAGACAAGUGAGUUUAGUGCCAAGAGCACAUUCGACCACCCAUACCCCACCACUAAGAUCAUGUGGAUCCCAGACAGCAAGGGAGUCUACCCUGAUCUACUGGCGACCAGUGGUGACUACCUUCGCAUCUGGCGUGCUGGGGAACCAUACACUCUCUUCGAAUGUGUACUGAACAACAAUAAGAACUCAGAUUUCUGUGCCCCGCUCACAUCAUUUGACUGGAAUGAAGUAGACCCUAACCUCAUUGGCACCAGUAGCAUUGACACGACUUGCACUAUAUGGGGACUGGAGACUGGACAGGUGCUCGGCAGAGUCAACGAGGUGUCUGGCCAUGUGAAGACACAACUUAUUGCACAUGAUAAGGAGGUGUACGACAUCGCCUUCAGUCGCGCGGGCGGUGGACGCGACAUGUUCGCGUCGGUGGGAGCUGACGGCUCUGUACGGAUGUUCGACCUGAGACAUCUCGAACACUCCACUAUAAUUUAUGAGGACCCCCAACACACGCCCCUGCUGCGGCUGGCGUGGAACAAGCAGGACCCGAACUACCUCGCCACGGUGGCCAUGGACGCCUGCGAGGUCAUCAUACUCGACGUCCGCGUCCCCUGCACGCCCGUCGCCAGGCUCAACAACCACCGCGCCUGCGUCAACGGCAUCGCCUGGGCGCCGCAUAGUUCAUGCCACAUCUGCACCGCGGGCGACGACCACCAGGCGUUAAUAUGGGACAUCCAGCAGAUGCCGCGCGCCAUCGAGGACCCCAUCCUGGCCUACACCGCCGCCGAGGGGGAGGUCAACCAGAUACAGUGGGGCGCCACGCAGCCUGACUGGAUCGCCAUCUGCUACAACAGACAUACUGAGAUACUGCGCGUUUAGAGAACCUGAAGAUGCUAUUGGUUUCUGGUGCAUAAGAAUAAUGGAGAUUGUUAUUUUUGUGAUUUGUUUCGUUGAUGACGUAAGUGGCACUGCAACCCGCAGCCUUCAAAUUCGGCCACAGCUGUUAGGUAAGCAAACUUUUAUCAUGUUAAAAAAUAGUUCAAGUAAUUUUUUUUUACUUAGUUGAUAUUAUAAUGAGAAAAUUAUUAUUAUUAUAUUCAAAUCGGUUUACUGUUUUCUGCAUUAGUAUAAUGUCUAUCUGUUCAUGUUUCAUUUAAAUCUGUUCAGCAGUUUUUGGCCUAUAGAGUACAGUACAUACAACCUUCUAUGGAAAUUUAAUGACUUGCAUGUAUGGUGCAACAAAAAUAACUCAUGAAAAUAACUUCAAUCUCUAUAUUGUCCUUGUACCAGGAACCACGAUGAUCUGAUUAACUUGUAGUUAGAUCGGUGUUUGUACCAAAGCGGUACCCCAUACAUUAACGAGCCCCCUAUACACCUGCUUACCACCGCUUCAAUGGGAAUGAUAAUGUAAAAAGGAGAAAUUAAAAAUAUUAGACAUGUAAUUGGAUCCAUUGACGACAUAAACGAUUCUAUGCCAUUUCGAUGUAUAUGCCCGCGACUUCGUACGUGGAAUCCCGUUUUUUUCCGUUUCCAUUCGUGAUUUUGGGUAAAAGAGUAAAGAAAGUCAAUACUUUCUUUCAAUUGUCCAAUGGACAAAGAGUACAGAGUACUACGUCCGUCUCCUGGUUCUAAGCUACCUCUCCACCAAUUUUCAUCCAAAUCGAUUCAGCCGUUCUUGAGUUAUAAAUUUAAUAGUGCAACUAACACGACUUUUUUUUAGGACAUCAAACUAUAGAUCCAUCUUUUGUCAAUAAAUUUUCUUUGUUGUAUUUUCAACCCUAUUUUUGGUCUUAUAAGACAUUUUUCCAGUUUCAAGUAGCUUUUUCUGGUAUUUUUUUUAUCUAAGUAUUUUGUACAUAGAAGUGACAUCGUGAUAUUUCAAACCAAUCUGUCGUUGGUUUUAGUAAGGAAAAUUACAUGUCCAUUAUUUUUUCACCAUUGUUCCCAUGACUUCCAACUGCGCUUACUUGUGGUACACUGUCACUUAUUGUAGGCGAUAACUUUACUUGGUCAUAUACAUAACGAUACUUUGAAUUUAUGAGCAUCGGUCCUGGAAAUCUAUGAAAGACCACAGACCCUAACAUUAUAAACUAUACCGCCUGUGUUUAUAAGAUAAAGCGGUUUAAUCUCAACCAUUAUAAUCUGGUUUUUGAAAAUCAUGAAAGCUUUGAAAGUCGGUUAUUAAAGAGAAGUAAUUUGUUUGAUGUCGACUGAUGAUUGGGUAUAGGUAAUAAUAAUAAUUAUGAACUUGUAUAGUAUUGUAAUACAACCGACUUUCUUAGCAAAAGUUACAUACAAAUUAUAUUGAAAGUGACGGUCAAUUGUGAACGACCGUCAUAAGAUCGUGAACCUAAUAAUUGAAUGUUAUCAUCUCUUUAUCAAAAGACUGAAGGAAAAAUUAACAUUUCUAAAUUUUACGACGUAACAAAUUUUAUUCAAAAAUUAUAAAAAAAUAAUAUACAAUUAUCUGUUUGUAUUUCUUGACGGGGCAAUAUUUAGAGGCUGAUUUGCAAUUGGCCAGAUCUAUUUUCGAACGUCCCCCUUCCAGACAUACAAAUUGCAUUAUUUGUAUUUCUUUUUUAUUUACUACCAUUUUUGUAGCUAGGAGGAAACAGCCGAAACCGUUUUAAAAAUUAUUUAACUAAAGAGAAAUUAAUAUUUUAUUUUAUUGUCAAUGAAAGACUUGAAUCCCCUAGCUACACAUUAUUUUGUUUCCAUUCGCUCUUGAUUGUGGAAUUUAAACUUUAUCUACUAGGAAAUAGGGCCUAAAAUCAGGUUGACCAAAAGCCCUGUUCCUAUGAAAUGUAGAUAAAUAAACAAAUGUAAAAAUUAACAUUUUGUAAGUAGUGAUUAAGUCUCCCUAAAAGUUGCAUUAAUAAUAAUACCAUUCGCCGUAGUUGAGCAUUCGUAAUAAGCGACAAUAAGCGCUGCGUACUUAAUUAUCUGUUAAUAAAGUACGUGUGUCAAUAUAAAGACAAUCUGUGUUAGUUGAUUAGAAACCAUAGAGUAAACUUGCAUUUAUGUAACUGCUGAUUACUUGGCGUAGCUAAUAAGAAAAGGUCUAUAUUGACGUAGAGUUGAAUUGAGAUUGGAGAGAGAGAUCAGCGAUUGGUUGGUUCGUUGAAGCAGGCCAAUCAGAGGCCUUAGUUAAAGUUUGUAUUACGAAAGUAAUCGGAAAAAGACCGCGUUAGGCGCUCUGAUUGGUUAUUUUUUUUGAGACGGCCAAUCAGAGCGUCGAAACCAUACUCAUUUCGAUUACGUUAAACUUAAAACAUUCGUAGGUACUAAGCCCUCAGAUUCUGUGUAAACUAUACUAGGAUCACAUAAAUUUUUACAUAUUUUGUUAGCUACGCCAAUAUUUGGCGACCUGACAAAACCUAUCGUGCUGUAAAUCCCAUGUGUGUAGGAUUGUUCUUCUAUGUAUUUAUCUUUUAUUGUAUUUAUUUGUAUGUUAAUAGUAUCUGACUUGAGCCAAAUUGAUGGGCAGAUAUAGCAAUUAAUUAUAUAAACGAAUAUUGUUUGACUGUGUUAAUCAGAGAACCGCUAAUAUGUUAUAGGACUUACGUUUUUAGUGAAAAAGAAAUUCCUUUUUAAAAUAAAAAAAAUGUUUCAAUAUCAAACUUUUAAUAAAAAAAAAACGAUCACAUCUUUUUCAUUAAAUGCCAGAUGUGAGCAAUUUAUUAUUUUAAUCUAAAAACCGAUAUCGAAAUAAAACAUGUAUUAUUAAAGUUGAUGUGAUUAAAAUAAGGACUAGAUUUAAUAUUUAAUUUAUACAAAUAGCUGUAAGUAUUCUUAUUAAAUAAAUGAUUUAGAAAUUAAGGCACUUAUUAUUAAUCAUACUUAAGUUAUAAAAAUGC